AAACAGUCAAGUUACAACASACAGGUAGUGGAGUAAACCGAAACCAGCAGUGAUGUCUCUGUUAAAAUGCUUUUGAUCCGUUUUUAAGRCAUCAUUUAUAGUGGACUUGAUGUUUGUUUGCAGGAAGAUGAUGUUUUUUGUCUUUGGGCUGCUUGUACACGGUUUUCAGUAUUCUUUGGCCUCUGACAUUAAUGAAAUAGUUGAAUUCGUCGUGCUGCCCUACAAAUACUUGGAAUAUUUAUCCGACAACCCUACAGUAACAUGGAGCCGCUAUGAUCUCAGUCCUCCAACUGUCCACCUGCGGAGAGAAGAGGAUGAUCUUCAGGAUCAAAACCAACACUUCAGCGGACGAACAUCAAUGAAACUUGAUGCUCUGGACUCUGGUGACUUCAGUCUGACUCUGAGAAAACCUCACCUGUCAGACAGCGGUACCUACACCUGCAGCAUCAGUAGUGAAAGAGAGGAAAUAAAACUGACAGAUGUACAGCUGCAGGUCAAAGGUCAAUAACAAUCUCCAAAAUGUUUUACAUACUGUCAGCUGGUGGAACAGACAAAUUCUGAUAUAAA